GCUCCCUUCCUCGUGCUCGCCGUUGAGCCCCCGCUGCCGCCGCCGCCGCCAACGCUGCCACCGCCGUGGUCGUCCCUGCCCGGCUCGGGUUGGGCCCCCUAAGGCUCCUGCUGGUGUCCUUGGAGCAUGGGAGGCUGCUGAGCUUGAGCAGUGGUGUCCGUCAGGAGCUGCAUAUCUCACCCAGUGGCAGGGAGGGCGUCCAUGGCUGCAGCCAACAGGGGCAACAAGCCCAGAGUCCGGAGUCUCCGCUUCGCUGCAGGCCACGAUGCAGAAGGCUGCCAGAGCCAUGUCCACUUCGAUGAGAAGCUGCAUGACUCAGUGGUCAUGGUCACCCAGGAGAGCGACAGCAGCUUUCUGGUCAAGGUUGGCUUCCUGAAGAUCCUGCAUAAGUAUGAGAUUACCUUCACUCUGCCCCCAGUGCGCAGGCUGAGCAAGGACAUCCGUGAGGCACCUGUCCCUAGCCUGCACCUCAAGCUGCUCAGCAUCAUGCCCAUCCCUGAAGGUUACAGCGUCAAGUGUGAAUACUCAGCACACAAGGAGGGUGUCCUCAAAGAGGAAAUGCUACUAGCCUGUGAAGGCGGUGCCGGUGCCUGCGUGCGCGUGACAGUGCAGGCACGUGUCAUGGACCGGCACCAUGGCACACCCAUGCUGCUGGAUGGUGUCAAGUGCGUGGGUGCUGAACUAGAGUACGACUCCGAGCACAGCGACUGGCACGGCUUCGACUGAGGCCCGCGGCCCCGCCUACCUGGUGGCCCCUCAGCCUUAAACCCCGCCUCGUUUCCCCGACAUGCUGCGUGAUGGUGUGGCUUCCUCGCCCUCCCCGGGGUGCACGUGGGAGUGGAGUGUCAGAGGCCUCCAAGCUGGGGCCUCGCCAACACCUCUCACCUCCGCCUUCGUUCACACCACCACCCUGCCUCUCCCACUUCCUCCUCUCCCUGUGCCUCAGUCUCCUGCCAGAAGAAAUGGGUUGAGCUCCUGAGUAGUCUCUGAGGAGGGGUGGGGGCGGGCCUGGGCUGGGUUCUAUCCACUCCCCACCUCAAGCCAUAGGGGCUCCAGCCAGGGUCUGGGAGAGAAAGGAGCUGGCUGUGAUGUCGUGAGGUCACUGCCCCAUUACUGCUGCUGCUGUCUUGCUUCAGCCACCUCUCCCGACACUCCCUCUUCCCCACUGCUGUCCACGGUGAGUAGGAGGGAGGUGCAGUGCCCAACCCCUACCCCUCAGGUCUAUGUUACUUGGUUUUUAAAUGACUGGUUGGGAUAAAACCCUUAAAAAAUAAAGCUUCCAAUGGAUUCCA